UUUCCAGUUUCCAGAGCCAAGCUUUUCAGCUUUUCAGCACAUCAUGACUUUUCUAAUCUCUCACAAUUUUUGAAUCUUGCGCAAGAUAAAUCAGUCCGAAGAGCGACAUAAGAAACAUCCAGCCAGAGGCCAGCCCAUCACAACAACCACAACAUCAUAAACUCAGCAAACAUGGUGCUCAAAUCCUUCAAGCCCCUCCGCAAGCUCUUGAGGCGCAGCAAGUCUUCCGAAGAUCUCAAGAAGAAGUCGAAGGCGCCGGUACGAUUGAAUGGCACAGCAUCCUGCGAUUCCACAGCUUCCAUCCUUCAAAUGAUCCAGGUGAAGCAAUUGGAGGCGGGUUCUGACACUGUCGGUGGUGGCUUCACCAGCACACCGAGCAAUCCAGAGGUUGCAUUGGCCAUCCAGUACUUUGAAAAGGUCAACGAUGGACACUUUGCAGCGAUCCGAGAGAUGGUGACGGAAGAUGUUGAGUUUCUCUUUCAUGAUCCCAACGGCGAUGUGAACCAUGAGCUGACCUGGAAAGAUUUUGAAGCAGAGUUCUUCAAGGUCGGCAAGUCCUUCCCGGACUUUUUCUUUCGCCAUGGCUUGGUGGAACAGAGCAAGACACAGGACGAUGUUGUCGUCGUUCAUGACCUCGUGCCAUCAGGAACGCAUUCUGGCGCUCCCUAUGCUUUUGGACCUUGCGAACCCAUUCAAGCUGCAGGAAAGAAGGUCGUCAGCGAUCCCGAAGAAGUUCACAUAACCUGCCGAGAUGGCAAGAUCUGCAAGUUUGCCUUCCACCCCAAAGGAGAAAUGUCCGGCUUUGCUGGAAUCUACACGCUCCUUGGCGGCUUUCCUCUCAUGUAAGGCUACUUCCCACCACGAGCGCCUCAGCUCGCAAUGACAGGCUAUAGCUAGGUCGCCCGCACGAAACAUUUAUUUUGCUGUAAUCCUCUAUCUAAGGCAAGUCCCUUCCAUCUUCAUAGUCUCCCUUCUGCUCAACGUAUCACUAUUCUAUGAGUAGGCAGCCCCAGCGUCGUGGAUA